AUGCUUAUCCCAACACCAAAGGCAUCGUCAAGCCUGUCGCCCCUCGACCUGCUCGAGUUGGCAGCACCUGGCGCAAACGCAGGAGAAAGACUCUUCAACACAGACACGUCAACAGAAGUGGUGGUACCAACGGUACCAGGGACAACAAGACGCCAUAGAGACUCGAUAUCCUUCUUCCUUCCGAUAUUCAUCCUCACGAUCCUCCUCAUCAUCCUCAUCCUAUCCCUCAUCUUUGCUCGCUGUCUCUACCGUCGCUUCAAAGCCAUGCACCUCUCCCCUUCGCCCUCCACUUCCACCUGGAAGGCCCACUCCUCCACAACCUACGGAUCCAACGACCAGUCUCAUAACCACCAUAAUCAUGGAGAAAACAGUGAUACAGAGGAGGAAGACGAACGCACAGAACAGGAGCGUCUGUUGGCCAGACGCAGGAGCACCUCUUAUUAUGACGCCAAUCGGUCUCGAGCUCCCGUCGCAGUCGUCAUUCAGCAUGAUGCCAAGGGGCGACCUAUCUCGACUUGGUCUACUGCCAGCUCUGUCGCUGCCCAACGUGGAGAGGAGCUAUCGAGGUGGAGUCGACGAAGGGAUGAUCUGAUCAAGAUCUAUGGGCAGAAUAAUCUGAAUAAUAGUUCUUUUGCGGAGGAGGAUGGGCCUGACGAGGAGGAUGGGCAAGAAGAUGGUGGUCGCGACAGUGCUGCUUAUGUGUAUCAUCAGCAGGGACUGGAUGUAGAGGGGGAAGGUGAGGGUGUGGAAGGAGGAGAGCAACAACGUCGUCAUGGAGGAGGAGGAGGGCCAUUGGAUGGGGUCUCAGAGCUGGGUGAGAGUCAUACGCACAGCCACAACAACUACAACCACAACCAUAGUAAUACCCACCUUCAGACCCACUCGAGUGAGAACCCACUUUUGGAUCCACAGCAACAGCGCACCACUCAAAGCAGUCAGAGGUCGUCAAGGGUCAACACCACCACCAGCACAUCCACACUCCACGAACAGCAUGGCGGGACGUAG